AUCAUUGUAGAACGAAAAUGUAACUAAUUUUGCUCAUGGAGAAAUAAGGCUCGUGCAUCGUCUUCUUCGGUGUACAAGAACUGGGGUUCGCAGAGCCGCCGGCGAACAUAACAUGGAGCAACCACAUUACUGCCGCCACCCUCCCCACAAACACUCCCACCACCUCCUCUUUUUUCACCCUACUCCUCUCUCCCCUCAUCAUCACCAUCACCAUCACCAUCACCAUCACCAUCACCAUCACCAUCACCUUCAUCAUCACCAUCACCAUCACCUUCAUCAACAUCACCAUCAUCAAGUUCAGUGUCAAUGUGCAGUGCUUGUGCAAAACUCUCAUUCACAUUAUUCCAAUUCAAUUUCCCUUCCGCUACAUACUAAUCCCAAUCUUGGUGUUUCUGGGUCUGAAGCUUCUCAUACUUUGCCGGAUACCCAGAAUUUCAUCGAUGAUGGUCUUGAAGAAUAUGAAGAGCUUGAAGAUGAAGAUCCGAUUUUUGUUUUGACCGAUGAAUGGAAGGAGUUCUUUGCCGAAUCCGAAGCCAAAAGGAGAGAAGCUAAAAAACUAGCCAAGAAACAGGGAAAGUCCUUGAAGAAGUAGCAACUGCAGUGCCACAACUGGGUGAUAUGGUUUCCAUGUUAAACUAUGGUACAAGCUGUAAGAGAAUACGCUAAUAAUGUGUUUGGAAAUUAUGAUUUCAUUUAGAAAUUUGUAUCAUCAAAAUUAAAACCAUUACCAUCAUUCUCGACG